AUGGCAGUCGGUUUUGUGACCAACACCAGAAUUACACAUGGAACGCCUGCAGCUCUAUACGCUAAAGUAUGUUCCUUUCUUUGUUUAGCUGAUGCCGCAGUCUACUGUGAUGAAAUGGGUGUUUCAAAGCUACCGAAAAGUUCUGCCGAUAUUGGUGCCCCAUGCGCUGAACGAUGCCAACCGUUCAUACCGGGACUCCCACGAGGUCUUCAGCAGCCACGGGAGCUACAAAAGAACUCACACCAACAGAAGGUUCUCUUCUGCUGUUUCUGGGACGAGAAUGCUGUGGGUAUCUCCAGACACAUUGGGUAUGACGUCAUUGCAAAGAAUUAUGGAGAUGACUGCACCGAUAUUGCAAAACAACUUCUUUCCUAUCCAGCUUCGAAUUUCAAGGUGAUGAUGGGUGGAGGAGCUAACUUCCUGAAGGACAAAUCCCGAGGAGGAAGUCGUGAAGAUGGAAUCAACAUAGAUUUGGAGUGGAAGAAGCUCGGCGGAAGAAGAAAGGUAUUGAAUAAUGUGCGCGAUCUCCAAGCGGUUACGGAAAGCGAUGGAAAACUGCUGGGUAUCUUUGCCCCUUCACACUUCCCCAUUUAUGUUGAAGAGCAAAUCGUUGGCAAGAAAACAGUACCUCGAUUAGUGGAAAUGACAGAAAAAGCGAUCAGGCAACUUCAGUAUGACGAGAAGGGUUUCUUCCUGAUGGUGGAAGGUGGUAUGAUCGAUGUAAUGGAACACACAAAUCAAAUGCACUUUGCGUUUGGUGAAUUGUACGAGUUCGAAGAAGCUAUUCGAAAGGCGAGGGAAAUGACGGACCCCUCAGAGACGUUGAUUAUCGUCACAGCGGAUCACGGACACGCUCUAACAAUGCCGGGCUAUUUACCCGUUGAGGAAAGCCUAUUCGGCAGCGACAUAAUAAAGCAUUUUUUUGGUGACGAAGAGAUCACUCUUGAAGUGCCCAGCAUAUUUUUCGCGACUGGGCCAGGAUAUCGGGGUGGUUACCGAUUGAUAGGUGAUUACAUUGAUAAGGAGGAGCGAGAGCAACCUCAUUCUGCACCUCCGUCGGCUAUUCCAAUGAACAGUGGUCACCAUGGUGGUGAAGAUGUUGGCCUAUGGGCAGAUGGUCCGCUUUCCGAAUUAUUUGCUUCAACGCUUGAAAACACUGAAGUGGCAUACAUUAUCAAAUUUUUGCUUUGUGCGAAGCAUUUGGACUACACCUUUUGUAACGCAUCAGCUCUAAUUGAGACGUCAACACAGGAUAAAUCUGUUGAAGGGAGCUUGGAAGGUCUGAGUGCAAAAAUGGAUCCAAAAAUUCUUGUUCUAUUAAGCAUCUCAAUGCUGACAGUCACUAUUCUUUCUCUUCUUAUUGCCAUAGUUGUAAUACUAUUUCUAUUUACCCAUUUAAGAUACGGAAACAAGCGGCAAGAUUCAGCGGAUCUUGGCAGUGAAAAAUCGCCUGUUUAA